CAAAGCAGGCAUCGGCUCACUGCUCAGCAUCUGGAGCAGCACAACAUUACAUGGGUGGCCUUUCCCCAAAGAAUACUCCCAUGGAAGAGGAUCGCAGUUGGAUGUACAAAGGCCGUCGAAAGCGAGGUCAGGUUAGUGCUGAUUGGAUUGUAAAGACUACAGAUUUUUUGGAAUGGGCAUUUAGCAGAGACACAAGAGGUGAUGGUGUCGUGUGCCCAUGUAACUAUUGCAAUAAUACACGGCCCCAUCCAAGGGAUACAAUGAUGAAACACCUUUUUAAGCAUGGAUUUAAGCCGGAUUACACUGUGUGGGACUACCAUGGUGAGUCAUGCCCUACACGGGAUGAUGUGAUCUGGCAACGUACUGAAGAUGAAGAUAGGGAUGUUGAUGUUCAUCGGAUGGACGACAUGGUACAUGAUGUGCGUGAUGCAUAUAUGUCAGUUGAGGAGGAAGAUCCUGAGCCUACAGCACGAGCUUUUUAUGAAAUGUUGACCGCAUCAAAUCAACCUAUCCAUGCAUACACAGAAGUAUCUCAACUAGAUGCCAUCACACGGUUACUUACAGUGAAGUCUCAGUUUUCCAUAUCCAUUUCAGGGUUUGAUGCAUUGUUAAAUGUGUUUACUGCUCUCCUUCCACAAGGCCACAAGCUACCAUCCAAUUUAUAUGAGGCCAAGAAAUUUCUAAGUGCACUGAAUAUGCCAUAUGAGAAAAUAGAUGUAUGCCCAAAAUAUUGCAUGCUCUUUAGAAAGGAAAAUGCAGAAAAGACCCACUGUGACAAGUGUGGAGAGAGUAGGUAUGUGGAAAUUCAGAACAGCGAUGGUGAGAAAAAACAACUAAACAUUGCAAGGAAAGUCCUUCGGUAUCUACCGUUCAUCCCACGACUUCAACGACUAUAUAUGUCUGAAGCACAAGCCAAGCAAAUGACUUGGCACAAGCAUGGCCAUCGGUACCAUCCUAACAAGAUGGUACACCCUGCUGAUGGUGAAGCAUGGAAGCAGUUUGAUCGUGACUUUCCGAACUUCGCACUAGAAGCACGGAAUGUGAAGAUUGCUGUCGCAACAGAUGGGUUUAACCCAUUCGGUAUGGGUGCUGCCUCCUACACUUGUUGGCCUGUGUUUGUCAUCCCUCUCAACCUUCCACCUGGAGUAUGCAUGCAAAAACACAAUGUGUUCCUCAGUUUGAUUAUCCCUGGACCUGAAUAUCCUGGAAAAAAACAUUAGUACCCUCAUGGAUCCCCUAGUUGAUGACCUAGUGUUUGCUUGGGAGCAUGGUGUCCAAACAUAUGAUAGGGCUAGUUAGCAGAACUUUAAUAUGCGGGUAUCAUACCUAUUCUCACUCCAUGAUCUUCCAGCCUAUGGUAUAUUCAGUGGGUGGUGUGUGCAUGGUAAGAUGCCAUGCCCAAUCUGUAUGGAGGUUCUUAAAGGAAGAUGGCUGAAGUUUGGUGGAAAGUACUCCUUCUUUGAUUGUCAUAGACAGUUUCUUCCAAAUGAUCAUAUUUUUAGAAGCGACUCAAACUCUUUUCUUGCAAACAGUAUUGUUACUUCUGAACCACCUAAGCGGUUAACGGGUGAAGAGGUCCGUGCCCGCUUAAAUAACCUAAAGCCUGCUGCAAAUGGAGAAGGGUUUGAAGGCUAUGGUGAGGAUCACAAUUGGACGCACAUUCCAGGCUUGUGGAGGCUCCCAUACUUCCACAAACUGCAACUUCCUCAUAACAUUGAUGUCAUGCAUAAUGAGAAAAAUAUUGCUGAGGCAAUAUUUAACACUUGCUUGAACAUCCCAGACAAAACAAAGGAUAAUGUUAAGGCCCGAGUUGAUCAAGCAACACUUUGUAACCGGCCUGGUCUUAACAUGGUCCAAAAGGAACCAUCUGGGCAGUGGAAGAAGCCAAUAGCUGACUAUUGUUUGACCACAGCUAAAAAAAAGGAGUUAUUACAAUGGUUUCAAACACUCAAAUUUCCAGAUGGGUAUGGAUCAAAUCUAAGGAGAGGAGUGAACAUGAAAAGCAUGCGCAUCAAUGGGUUAAAAAGCCAUGAUUACCACAUAAUGAUGGAACGGCUUUUGCCAGUCAUGUUCCGUGGUUACUUUCCAACUUAUGUGUGGGAAGUGCUAGCAGAGUUGAGCUUCUUUUAUCGUAAGUUAUGUGCAAAAGAGGUAGAUCCUGUUGAGGUACAAAACAUGGAACUUCAAGUGCCUGUUUUGCUUUGUAAGUUAGAAAUGAUCUUCCCACUUGAUUCUUCACCUACCAUAUGAAGCAAGGAUGGGAGGGCCAGUACAAAACCGAUGGAUGUAUCCAAUUGAAAGAGGACAAAAGGAACUUAAGCGCAAAGUAAAAAACUGAGCUCGUGUUGAAGCAUCUAUAGCAGAAGCAUAUAUACUAGAGGAAAUCUCAAACUUCACAUCCAUAUAUUUUGCUGAUCAAGUGCCCACAGUUCAAAAUCCAAUCCCUCGGUACAAUGCCACUGUCAUUUCUAAUGAGUGCUCACUUAGCUUGUUCUCUGUUAAGGGUGAUUCUACUAGUAGAGGAGUCACUAGACAAUUAACUGAAGUGGAGUGGGAGGCUGCCAUGUUGUACGUCCUCACUAACCUCCUUGAAGUGGAUGACUACAUUGGGAAAUUCAUAUAUGAGGAGUGGAAUAGACGAGGUGAGCCAACAAGAAAGCAAAAGGAGAACCUCUUACGAAAUGGUGCUAGGAAUGGUCGUCCUAAUUUUGUAACUUGGUUCUAUCAACAAUUCUUCACUUGUAGAGUCUUAUAGACAUGACUAUGAAUGAUGAGCUGAAGGAUGUAGCUAAAGGAUGUCAUACUAGAGUGAAGACAUAUAGUAUUUAUGAUGUGAAUGGAUUUCGUUUCCGUACAGAGAAAUAUGAGAAGGAGAGGCCAAAUGCAACCACCAUAAAUAGUGGUGUGGUCACAAUUGGAGAAGGAGAUAAUAGUGAUGCAACCAAGUAUUAUGGCUACAUCAAAGAAAUAGUGGAACUUAGUUUUCAAGGCAGUACAGAACUUAGUCUUGUGCUUUUUAAUUGCCAUUGGUUUGACCCUGCCCAAGUGAGGUACACCCCACAGUAUGGUUUAGUGGAAGUUGCACAUGCAUCAACCCUUCCAGUGUAUGAGCCAUUUGUUGUAGCUCAUCAAGCCAUGCAGGUUUAUUACAUGCCAUACCCAUGCAAAUCUGUGAGUGACCUGAUUGAUUGGUGGGUAGUAUACAAGGUGCAACCAAUUGGUAAAGUAGCAGUCCCUAAUGAUAAUGAUUAUGACUUUCUGCCCAAUAGUGAUGCUGUCCAUUAUUUCCAAGAAGAUGGCCUCCUGGGCACUUUUGUAGUUGAUCUUAUGGGAGAACUCCAUAAUGUUUCUGAAGCAACUACUAGGGAUGCUGAAGCCAUUGUCAAUGAGAAGGACUUGCAGUUUCUAAAUGGAUCCAGUGUGUUGCCACAGGAUGAAUCUAAUAGUUCUAACUCUGAUCAAGAUGAUGACGAGAACCCCUUCAUUGAUGAAUAUUUCUGAAGCUGAUAAAGAUGGCAACAACGAUGAGCUCUUCUUUGUGGACUUCAUAAUUUGGCAUGCAUUUUACAGAGCUCUAUAUAUUCAAGAGAUUAUGGUUACAUGGGCUUCCUGUUACUAAUAGGCAGAUCACAAUUUCAGGCAUCAACUCCAUGUUCUACACAUUGGUUAUCUAGUGCUAAAUAGUCUUAAAAAUGUCUUGAAUAUUUGGUUGUAAUUGGCCUGCACUUAUGGAUCAUAAGCUUCUUGUAUCCCUACAUUGUCAUGAACCAUAAACUUCUUGUUUGCUGAAUAACUUGAAAUAUUCUGAGGAUGUGAUGCACUUGUGAUCUCCUAUAUGAUUGGUCUUUGAUUUCAUUGUGAUGGAGGAAGGUAUUGAUGUGUGUAUUCUUCUGUGGUUGCUAUUGAUUAAUUUGUAUUUGAUGGAUGACUGCUAAAUUAACUGCAAAAAUAAAAAAAAAACAUAUCGAGUGCCCUAUUAUAUGGCAGCAGUCAACAACAUUACCGUUCGUUGUAGCUUGACCUAGAAUAAUAUAACUCAUAUUCCCGUGAGGCACAUGGUGAGCAGUGCACGGUAAUUUUUCAAACUUACCGAGCGAGCUACACGCCCAGGAAUC